AUUCAACUCUCUGAAAGUCACACCUAUGUUUGUUAUUGUUAAAAUGUUAUAUAAAAAAGGAGUAUAAAUAUAAUUGAAAAGCAUAUGAUAUAAUUGAUCGUAAACAUUCCAACAUAUUGGACCACCACAAACCCUCCAUUUCUCUCCACUCUCAUUCUUUACUCAUCAUUUCCUUUGUCUCCCCCAAAAUACAUUUUACUCAUUCUACAAUACAUAAUUCUAAUUUCUUAAUUAUUUUCUCUCACUAAAAAAAACACUAGUACGUUUCUCUCUCUUAAACAUGAAGCAAGAUCAAAAACUCUCCCUUAGUAGAAGUACUAGUUGCAACUCUUGGAGUUCUAAGAUAAUCCCUUCGAAUUUUAGCCGGUCGACGUCUACUACAUUCUCUCCUGAAAGUCCGAGAGAGAUUUCUAAUAAGCCUCUUGUACGUAGGGAUACUAAUACUACAACUAGUCACAAUUCACUCGCUGUGUCGCGAGUGAAACAAACGCGCCUCACGUUAUCCGCGUUGUUCCGGUCUCUUGUACAAGUGUUCUCCUUCUCUACGUCGUCGUUCUCCUCCGCCGUCCCCACGUGUAGGUGGUUGACUAUUCCGAAUCGUGUUCUUUAUUCCUCCUCCCCUAUUCCCCUAGGGAGGAAGGUGACUGGCACGCUUUUUGGACACAGAAAAGGUCAUGUAACGUUUGCUGUACAAGAUGAUCCUAAGGCUGACCCUGCCUUGUUAAUUGAGUUAGCAAUCUCCACAUCUGCUCUCGUACGCGAGAUGUCCUCGGGCCUUGUGAGGAUCGCCCUCGAGUGCGAGCACACGACGGGGCGUGGGAAACACGGGCCUAAGCUGUUCCUUGAGCCCGGAUGGACUAUGUAUUGCAAUGCCCGAAAAUGCGGGUACGCUACCUCACGCGCGUGUAAUGAUUUUGAUUGGCACGUGCUUAGUACGGUCCAAAGCGUAUCGGUCGGGGCGGGUGUUAUCCCCCUAGUGGAAAACCGAGCCGGGACCGGUUCUGGUUCCGAAGGCGAGUUGCUAUACAUGAGAGCCAAGUUUGAACGAGUCGUGGGAAACCGUGACUCGGAGGCAUUUUACAUGCUUAACCCAGAUGGUAAUGGAGGACCUGAACUCAGUAUAUUUCUUCUUAGGUUAUAAUCGUCAUUCAUCAGUUAAUUAACAUUCAUGAUUAAUACAAGAAAAAGUAAAGAAAAGGGAUGUUAGGGUAAUGAUUAGGGAUAAUUAAUAUGCCAAAUGGAGAAGAGUGAUUGGGUAAAGUAGAGAUCGAUCAACCAUUUGACAUUUUCUAUUAUGUGAUUUAUUAUAAAGGGUGUUGGUGUGACCAUGUGCUUGUAAUUUGUUUAUACUUCUAAUACCUUCUUUUUCUUAAUUUUAUAUUUUUGGGAUCGUAUAAAUAUAUAGUUUUUGUUUUUUGAUUGGGUUUAAUGACAGAACUUUAAUUAGUGGAUUUUACCUCAUUACAAAAAGGUACUCAAGAUUGAGAAAGAUUUGUGUUUUUUUUUUUUUAACGAGUUAAAAGACAAUAUAAAUUUUAAAUAAAGAGAUGAAAGACUUGAACUUUGGAGUUACUGUAUAAUAUACGUACCUUAAAUAUUAGUUCAAAAUCUCGUUGGUAGACUUUUAGUUUGUAC